UUUACUUAGUUUAGAAUAAUCCACCCCCCUCACGAAUGGUACAGUCCGGGUCUGGAAUGUUCUUUGUAGAGUGACCUUGAGUGAAUACACAUGCAGGACUGACUCGUGAGUAUGUGUGUCAGCGUGUUUAUUGGACAUCCAUGUAUAUCCCUAAGUUAAGAGGGAGCAGGAAGUCAGAUUAACAAAUGGUAGCAGAGGGUGCAACUCUAGACAGUUAGAGUCAACGGUCCGGGUCGACAGUGCCCGAUUUCUCGGACGUUUUCUGUGCACCGGCUUCGAAGACGACCUUUCCAAGAUGGCGACGUGUGAACGGACUCGUCUCCCACUCUUCGAUCUUACUCUUAAAACUUACGAGCAAUACAGAUUUGAAAUCCAGUGUUGGAACCAGGUCACAAAGAUUCCCAAGAAACAACGUGGCAUCGAGAUCCUUCUCAGUCUUCCCGAAGGGCCGAAGGAUGAGUUUGGGACAAGGGAAUUCCUCUCCUCCCGGCUUGCCAUGGAGGACCUGACGGCCGAGGACGGCUAUGACAAAGUUCUCGCCAAACUGGAUGAACAUCUCCGGCGUGACGAUAUGGGAAGAUUAUGGGAAUCCUUUGUGAACUUUGACAAGUUUCAACGUACCAAGGACAUGUCGGUGAGUGAAUAUAUAUCCCGAUUUGACAUUCUAUAUCAUCAGCUAAACAAGACGGGAGACGUGACCCUCCCCGCAAGUGUAUUGGGAUUAUUGCUUAUCCGCCGGGCGAAUCUCACCCCUGAUGAAUCGAAACUGGUUCUCACCGGUCUGGAUUAUACAAAGGAGGACACGACGCUUUUUGUCCAAGCCAAAGCCUCUUUGCGCAAAUUUUCGGACAGUCUUGUAGCGCCCUGUACGUUAGCCUCCAGUUCGGAUAUGGGUGCUUUUUCGAUGCCUCGUGUCAAACAAGAGAUCGUGAACGUGGCAGACCGGGUUCCAGACCGGGAGGUGUACCAGACCGCCCGUGGGGGGUUCACAAAAUGGAGUCGGAAGCCAAAUAAAAACAAGUCAGUCGGGAGGGGUCAGAGUGUACAAAAUGGCGGCGCCCAUGCCACCCGUGACUCUAGGUCAGGGGGUCAGAGGUCGGCUAGACGGGAUUCUGGAUUUAACCCCAAAUCAAGAAAUGGGGACUAUCUUCGCUGCUAUGACUGCGGUUCGAUCAAACAUUUGCUCGACUCCUGCCCACAUGCACAGGUACAGAAAGCGAAUCUGACAGAGAAUGACGCAGAGUUCGCAGAAGAUCCACAGUUUGCAGUAUUGUUUACAGGUGCUUCGAAGUGCCUUAUGUCAGAACUGUCAACAGAGGCGUCACUUUGUGCUGUUCUCGAUUCGGCCUGUUCUUCCACUGUCUGUGGCCUUUCCUGGUUGAAGAAAUAUCUAUCUGCUUUAGGGGAGAAAGAUCUAAAGCAUGUCCAACAGGAGGCCAGCUCCAACGUGUUUAAGUUUGGCGGGGGCGAGAAAUUGGUUUCUUUGGGCAAAUAUCGUAUUCCUGCCAAACUGGCUAACAACGAUGUCCUGAUUGUCACGGAUGUUGUAGACAGUGACAUUCCGCUCCUCAUGUCCCUCGAUGCUAUGAAGAAGGCUGACAUUGUGUUACACACGCGUGAAGACAGGGCCACCAUCUUUGGUAAAAAUGUCAACCUCAAUCUGACCACCUCAGGUCACUACUGUGUGUCCUUAGUACGUGAUCCUAAUAUCGAGGUCAGCGAGGUGUUGCAAGUAGACCUGGGAGAGGAUGUGUCCCAGACGAAGACAAAAUUGCUCCAUCUACAUCGCCAGUUUGCCCAUCCCAAUGCCGAGAAGCUGACUCAGCUGCUCAAGGGUGCAAAUUCGUGGCGAAGUCAUUAUGCAGCCAUUCUGCAGGAGAUAUGUGAAAGCUGUGAUGUAUGUAAGCGGUUUAAGAGAGGGCUGGCUCGGCCAGUGGCAGCUUUACCCAAAUCCACCAGGUUCAACCAAGUCGUGGCUAUGGACCUAAAGAAGUGGCGUUCGCAAUAUCUGUUGUAUUUCGUGGAUGAGUUUUCGCGGCUGACUGUAGCAAAACGGAUCGCUCGAAAACAUCCCAAAGAGGUGGUAGAUGCCUUUAUGGGGCUCUGGAUGGCCUGUGGAUACGGCAUCCCGGAACAAAUCAUGGUGGAUAAUGGAGGGGAAUUCACAGCCGAGGAAAUCCUGGAGUUCAGCAGUAGGCUGAACAUAAAAGUGAAUACCACUGCGGGACAUUCACCUUUCUCCAAUGGUGUGUGUGAACGUAACCAUGCAGUGAUGGACGUCAUGCUGGAAAAGUUGGUUUAUGAGAACCCCAAAACACCCAUCGAUCAGCUCAUUGCAUGGGCAUGUACAGCUAAGAAUGCCAUGUGUAUGUUUGCUGGAUAUUCUCCAUAUCAAAUCGUGUUUGGUAGAAAUCCGGUGUUGCCCGGUUUUGAGACGCAUCCUCCGUCUACAAACGACAUUGAAGGUGACAUCCUGCUGAAACAUCUGACAGCUCUUGCCGCAGCCAGAAGAGCAUUCACAGAAGCAGAGUCCUCUGAACGAGUACGCCGAGCUUUACGCCACAAAAUUAGAAUUGCCGAACGUCACUAUGCUCCAAACGACCAUGUGUACUACAAGAGAGAUGAUUCAUCAGAAUGGUUUGGCCCAGCAAAGGUUGUAGUUCAGGAUGGCAAAAUUGUUUUCCUCCGACAUGGCGCAUAUGUGAUUCGGGUCCAUGUCAAUAGAGUGGUCUUGUCGGGUCAGGAAUAUGAGAAACAAACCCCCACGGCCGUGGGGACAUCUCCACCUGCAGUGAAUGAUCCCACAACAGAUGAUAAUGGGCAGGAACGUCAGAAUUGGACCUUUCCCAAGACUGUAGAUGACGUGGGUGACCACAGAGGUUUCCACGGUGCGGGUCAGACAUAUGAUCCAGAUGAGAGACGCGCAGGUGAACAAGGUGGUGCGGAAUCCUGGAAACGUGAUGAGCACGGCAGACUGUACAGUGUUCCCACUGGAGACUCCGAGUCACCCGACGUGUUGUGUGUGAGUACAGGCAAUGUAGUGCUCCACACAAAACGGGUAGACAUCAAUGUCCAAAGGGCCAGAAAUGAAGAACUGCAAAAACUGAAAGAUUUUGAGACUUUUGAAGUCGUAGAUGACGCUGGGCAAGAACGCAUAUCAACCAGGUGGGUUGAUACCAUUAAAGAAGAUGGCUCGCGGAAAUCGCGUUUGGUAGCGAGAGGCUUUGAAGAGCAUGAUCAUAUCCAGAGUGAUAGCCCCACCAUCAGUAAGUCAGUGUUAAGGGUGUUCAUAGUACUAUGUCAUAUGUAUGGAUGGACUGUAAAGACUAUGGACAUCAAGUCUGCUUUCCUCCAAGGAGAAACGCUCAGUCGUGAGGUCCUUGUUCAACCUCCUCGCGGGUAUGAAAUGGUGGGUAAGCUAUGGAAACUCCGGAAAUGCCUGUAUGGCCUCAAUGAUGCUGCUCGGGCGUUCUACAUGUCAGUGAAGCACACACUCCUACAGCUAGGGUGUCAAACCUCGGAUUUGGAGCCUGCCAUGUUCCUGUAUCAAGUAAAUGGGACCUUACGCGGGUUCAUCCUGACUCACGUGGAUGAUUUCCUAUACGGGGGUGAUGACUUAUUUGAGGACAAGAUCAUCAAGCCACUUUCCGCGAAGUAUCACACCAGUAGACUGGAAUCCGGAACCUUCAGAUAUGUGGGCAUCAACAUUGUUCAGGGAACUGACAAGGUAGUUCUACACCAAAAUGACUACCUCCAGGGUUUGUCUGACGAUGACUUACCCACCCCUACGCGUGAAAGUGACAGAGAUCUCAACAGUGUAGAAUAUUCCCUAUUCCGCUCACUGGUUGGCAAAUUGAACUGGUUGUCAAAUGGUACGCGACCAGAGAUGUCAUUCAAGACAAUUGAUUUGUCUACAAAGUUUGCACAUGCCACAACCGCCCACCUGAGGGAUGCAGUCAAGACUGUAAAGAAGCUCCAGGUAUCAGAGGGACACUUGGUGUAUCCGAGACUUCAUGGCUUUCAGGAUGUAGGCCUGACAGUUUUCGCUGACGCAAGCCUGGCUAACCUUCAGAAUAGCGGUAGCUGUGGGGGCCACUUAAUCUUCAUGUCUGACUCCUACGGGAAAUGUGCCCUUGUAGCCUGGCACAGCGGCAGGAUUAAAAGGGUGUGCCGAAGCACCCUGGCAGCGGAAACCCUUGCAAUGGCGAAUGCGCUUGAAGAAGCGGUCUAUCUUCGGGAGAUCCUGCAAACAAGCACCGCGACAAAUGUGCCUAUAACCGCCAUCUCGGACAAUAAAAGUCUGGUCCAGGCAGUUGCGUCCACAAGCCUUGUACUGGAGAAGCGUCUGCGAAUUGAGGUUUCUACAAUCAAAGAACUCGUGGAACUAUCCAAUGUAACCCUGAAAUGGGUACCGGGAAGUCAUCAGUUGGCAGAUGUUCUGACCAAGAAAGGGGUCACUGCCGACUCUUUGCUAACUGUUAUCACCACGGGUAACAUGAUCAAGUUGCCAUAGAACUUUUGCAUGCAAACAACCAACAAAACCAAAAGUGAGGACACUAGUGAAGAUACUUUCUAGCUAUGUAAUCACCAGAGGGUGAACAGACAUUAGAGGAAGGACAGUGAAGUUUAAUGGGUAAGAGACUUGGCAAGAAGUCUACAAGUAGAGGAAGGACAGUGAAGUUUAAUAUGCAAGAGACUUGGUAAGAAAGCUACAGUCACUGUAUUACGCUGUUGUGAAGAUAGUGAAGUUUAAUGUGUAAGAGACUUGGCAAGAAGUCUACAAAUACAAGUAUCGCAUUACGCUGUUGUGAAGAUAGUGAAGUUUAAUGUGUAAGAGACUUGGCAAGAAGUCUACAAGUAUCGCAUUACACUGUUGUGAAGAUAGUGAAGUUUAAUGUGUAAGAGACUUGGCAAGAAGUCUACAAGUAUCGCAUUACACUGUUGUGAAGAUAGUGAAGUUUAAUGUGUAAGAGACUUGGCAAGAAGUCUACAAGUAUCGCAUUACACUGUUGUGAAGAUAGUGAAGUUUAAUGACUUGGCAAGAAGUCCACAGGCAUUGUUAUGUAAAUCUGAUGUUGAAGUUGAGAAAACAGUUAAUGUUUGUAACAAACUUCAUCUACCACUUUAUGUAGUUCAUGUAGUUUACUUAAUGUAGUAAGAACGUUUUAUGUAUCUACUUUGUUAUAAAGUUAUCUAGUCUCUGUAGAACGCAGCCUUUAAAUACAGUUGAUGUAACUUUGUAGUCAUGUAACCUCUAUAGUUCUAAAUAUAGUUCUAUAUGCUCUAUAGUUCUUUAGACAAUGUUAAAAAUAUUUGGUAGACUUCAAUGUUUCAACUUAUGUAACGUCAUCUAGAGUAGAAAAGAAGAAAAAGGGGGAAUGUUAGUUUACUUAGUUUAGAAUAAUCCACCCCCCUCACGAAUGGUACAGUCCGGGUCUGGAAUGUUCUUUGUAGAGUGACCUUGAGUGAAUACACAUGCAGGACUGACUCGUGA